UUCGUCCGACCUGCCAGUGAAGAGAGACAGAAGGCCUUAAAGCUUAUAAAUUUAUAGACGAUGCAAGUAGGGUUGUCGAAACGCACUUUCUUUUUAUAGACAGUAUUGUAGUCUUUCUCACGAUGAUCAUAGAGAAUGUGGAAGCCUUGAAGUCGUGGCUGGCAAAACUCCUGGAGCCAAUAUGUGAUGCUGACCCCUCUGCGUUAGCCAACUAUGUAGUGGCUCUUGUGAAGAAGGACAAACCGGAGAAGGAGCUGAAAGCUCUUUGUGCUGAUCAGCUUGAUGUCUUUCUACAAAAAGAGACGGUAGGAUUUGUCGAUAAACUUUUUGAAUGUCUGACGACCAAGAACUACCUGGGAAAUCCUGCAGCCAAGGAAGCCCCUAAAGAGGAGAUUAAACCACCUGCAGCCAAGUCUGACGUUGUUGAGGUUGAAACCCCAGAGGAGGAGAGAGAAAACAGGCGAAGGAGAAGUCCUCUGAGGAACCGCUCUGACUUUAAUGACUCAAGGAGCCGCGAUGACAGGAGGCGUGAUGACCGCAAGCGCCGUGACUUCGAUCGGCACGGGAAAAGCAGCAGCGACUCCCAUCGCGAGCGGGAGCGACACGAGCGUCGCAGGGGGAGCCCCCGCGGGAGGAGCUACAGCCGGAGCCGAAGCCGCAGCCGGAGCAGGAGCGGCAGCCGGGGAAAGAGCAGGGACAGGGAGCACAGAGGAGGCAGAGAUUUCAAGUCAAAGUUUGAGGUGGAGAGAAAGGACACCGACGGCUACAACUCUUCCGCCACAUCUGGCUCCCAGCAGCAGCACCCGUCGCCUCUCCUGCCCUUGCCCACGCCUCCGCACCCCUUUUCCUCCUCUUCCUCAUCAUCCGCUGGAGUCUCUGGACCUGGAGGGGGUCCCGUGGCAACACCAGCUCACCUGCCAGACAGCACAACAGACAGCUGGUCCGGCUACUAUGGCGCCCAGAGGCAAGAUGGCGUUGGCAAGCCAUUCAGCAACAAAACUCCUUCACUUAAACAGCGCUGCAGGGAUUACGAUGAAAAAGGAUUUUGUGUUCGUGGUGACCUGUGUCCAUUCGACCACGGCAGUGACCCCCUCAUUGUUGACGAUGUCAAUCUACCGAACAUGAUCCCGUUCCCGCCCCCGCCCGUCAUGCCCCCGGCUGGCCUGCCCAUGCCCCCAAUCACUGAGCCUCCCCCGCCCCUCAGGAUGCCUUCGAUGCCACCUUACGGUCAGCCGCCUCCACCGGGCGUCUUCCCCAUGACGGGACCCCCGCUGAUAGCAACCAGUGGGAUCGACACCCCCAACCACCAAUCUGCAAUCACUUCUUCUCCUUCUAUCGGACCGCCUGGUGUGGGACUGCCACCUACUCUCCCUCCUCCUCCUCCUCCUCCACCUCCUUCCUCGGCAUCAUCCGUGUCUCUUCGUCCCCAAUAUGUGCAGUCUGAAUAUAACUAUGAUCCAGAGGGCUACAACCCAGAAUCUCCAGGUCUGACUACAGCAGGUCGUAACCAAUAUCGGCAGUUUAUACCCCGUGUGCAGACCCAACGCUCUAACCUCAUCGGCCUCACCUCCAACGAAGGACAAGGCUCCAGAGCUGCCAACAUCGUGAUCCAGACAGAGCCUGCCACUGUACCCAGCACUCCUGGAAAUAAUGCAACACGUUUUAACACGGAGCAAGACAGCAGGAAAAGAACCAUAGGACCCAGCACUACUGAUGGACCAGCAGCUAAAAAACCCUGGAUGGACAAGCCAAACUUUAACAACCAACAUAAGAACAUCUUUCCCAAGAGGAAUCAUUAUGUGAACACAAAGUUGGAGGUGCGUAAGAUCCCACGUGAGCUCAACAACAUCACCAAGCUCAACGAGCACUUCAGCAAGUUUGGAACCAUUGUCAAUAUACAGGUCGUGUUUGGCGGAGACCCAGAGGCAGCAUUGAUCCAGUACACAAAGAAUGAAGAGGCCAGGCGGGCAAUAUCCAGCAUCGAGGCAGUCCUCAACAACCGCUUCAUCCGCGUGUACUGGCACCGUGAGCCUGGCACCAACGCCACAGGGCAGCAGGACCAGAGCGCCGGCAUCCAGGCAGCCGGGUCGGCGCCCAGCCAGGCACUGCAGCACAGCAAUGUGCAUAAGGGGAUUAAGCAGCACAAUCCAGCUGCAUAUGUGUUGAAUAAGACUGUACCCAAACAUCACCUGACUGCAGCUGCUGGGACCACAGCUCCAGCCAAGCCAGACAGCCUGAAUCCAAACACGGACACUGUCACUGUGGCGUCUGCACUGACGAACACCCAGAAAAGCUCCUACGCUUCCAUAGCCCUCAAGUCAUCGUCAAAGAGCCUUGGGAAAACGGGAAAAGCACUGGAAGCACAGGAAGCUCUCAAGAAGAAACAGGAGGCCUUAAAACUUCAGCAGGACAUGAGAAAGAAGAAGCAAGAGAUGUUACAGACACAGAUUGAGUGUCAGAAAGCACUGAUAAACCGCCUGGAGAAGAACCGAGGUAUGAAACCUGAGGAGAGAGCCAACAUCAUGAAAACCCUCAAGGAGCUAACGGAGAAGAUUACCCAGAUGCAGAAUGAAAUGAACCCUGCCUCCCAGGUCCUCCCAGGUGGCAAGCCUAACCACAGCCAGCCCAAAACCAAGACUGAUGCUCAGAAGGAACUGCUGGAUGCGGAACUGGACUUUCACAAGAAGAUGAGCUCUGGAGAAGACACAACUGACCUCAAGAGGAAACUGGGGCAGCUACAAGUGGAGGCGACACGGUUGGGUCUGAUCCGGCCCCCAGCGGGUCGAGGCCGGGGCCGAGGGAAGAUGGCGGCGGAGCCCGGUGCCAUGCACGUGGGUCGGGGCAGGAGCCGAAGCCGGGACAUGAUGGCUCGCGGCGGGGCCGUGAACCGCAUGGUGGUUGACCACAGACCCAGAGCCCUGGCUAUUUUAGGGGUCACUCAGGAGGAGAAGGAAGAGUUAAUGCCUCACUUUGUGAAAUUUGGUGAGAUCGAGGAACUCCGUGACCAAGAUGCCACCAGUGUCGUCAUGACCUUUAAGACACGAAGCGAAGCAGAGAAUGCGGCCAACCAGGGAGCAAAGUUCAAAGGUCGUAUCCUGCAGAUUUCUUGGUACAAGCCCAAGACGCCCUCAGUUACAACAGAGCCAGAGGAGGAAGAGGCGAAAGAUGAGGAUAACACGAAGGAAGCUAGCUCUUAUUUGCCCGGAGAGGAGGAGGAAGAGGAGGAGGAGGAAGAGGACGACGAUGAGGACGACGAGUACGAGAGCCGAUCUUGGAGGCGAUGAAGAGAUCGUCGUCAGCUGCUCCCUGGCAGAAUCAGUGGUUUUCUGUUUUUCAAUAUAAAUGAACUCACUUUUUUUUUUUUCCCUUUACAGUAUUUUCAGACGAAGUAAUUUUAGACUCUAAUCAAAGUAAAAGCGUCUUUACUUUAUUGUACAUCAAAAGAAGUUUAGAGGGUCAGCAGUUUUUGUAUCCCUCAACUAAACAGUUGUUUGAAACAUCUCACUUUUGCUGAGAAAGAUAAAUGUUAAGUUGUUCUUAUAGAUAGAAAAACCUACGUAAGUUUCAGUGUGCUUACCAGAUGAUUAAUAUCAGUAAUGCACAACAUUUGUGUCUACUGUGAAUAGGUAUUUUUAUACAUACUGUAUUUAAGCUCUUUUCUCACCAGUUUUGUAAAAUCUUGUCCUCGGUUCAGGGACAGCCAUUCCAUCACCAAUAGAACGUUCUCUGUUGCUACCAGAGAGAUAUUUAUUUAUUUUUCCACUGCGUAAAUGCACUGUGCCGUACCUAUAUUGGCAGACUAUGGUAUGGGUUUUUGUUUUUUUCCAUUUCACUUUGCUCGGUUUGUUUUGACCCACAAUGUUAAAUAAACGGAGCCACUAAAGCCCGGCACAGGAAGGCGCUGAGGCUACGCCAUCACCAUAUUAGAGCCAGUGUAGGUACAGAAGGAUACCAGUGCAAUACAAAAACCCAAACUAUGUUUACAAAUUGCCCUGUCCACGCACGUCACACGCAGUCUUGUAGUGAAUAUUCAAAUUUUUCCCCGCUUGUGUUUUGUUGCUCACUCAAUGUCCAGUGCCACUCUGUGUAAAUAUACACCCAGACAGGGGUUCUACAUUUUCUAAGAGUGUGUAACAUUUUCACUUGUUCUAUUCUGUCGCCUGCUCACUCAAAGGGCCGGACAGGACUAAAGAUCAGAUCACCCAUUUCAAAAAUGUGAGAUCCAUAGACAGGUGUUUGAAUGUAAUACUGAACAGUUGAUUUUAAGAAAUAUAUAUAUAUAUGUAUAUACAUAUACAUAUAUAUAUAGAUAGAUAGAUAAUUUCUUUGCCUUACACAAUCAGCAGAUUGCUGACUUUUUACAGGAUUUGUGAUUUACUUUUGUAAAUUUUGUAAAUGCUUGAAAGAGAGAGAAAUUACUGUUGUACUUUUUUUGUUUUGUUUAUUUGCUUUUAAAACCAGUCCUCGUUCCUUCACUAAGUUAGUCAUCUAAGAGGCAUGUUUCUUUUAAAGAAAACGUUCAAAGCUGCUCUGAGUUGUGGAUAACACUUUGUUGAAUGACACUGAGAGUCAUACACCUCACGAUAUUCAUUUUGCAUUAGUGCAGCUUUGUCUUGGCUCAAAACACAUUCGUACACACAAUACGAGUACAACCACAAUGUGCUAGUUCAAUGACAAAUGUAUAUUUUGUGUUUUGCCUUCUUUGCAUAUACUGUAUUUUAGAAUCCUCAGGGUGGGAGGAAUUCAAUCUGUGGAAACUCAUAAGGAAAUGUGCUUGAUGAUAAUCUGUUUUUCAGCUUCCCGUUCAACAAAUCAGUGUUUACAUGCAGCCUAAUAAAGCGUUUGAUUUAACAUAUCCGGUAACGUAACCAUUAAGAAUAACACACCAAAACAAAGGAGAGAUCGUUUGCAGCAGUGCACACACUGCUGGGUGUUAGUAAGACAUAUUCACAUGCAUAUUUCUGCCUGCGUGUGACUACAGCCAGAAUUGGUUUCCUUUGCUCCCUGAUGCACACUGCUACCACAUGGAAACCAUUUGAAAGACUUCAACCUGACUUCCUCCCACCUGCUGUGUCAGUAGUGCUCUUGUCUGGUUUGCAUAUCUCACUGUUGAUACUCAGAAGCCUCCUGCCAGUGACCUCAUUGUCCCAUUGAAAGCUAAAGUUUUCGUCUUCACUGUCACCCGUCAGUCAAAAUGAGGCAUGUGGUGAGAGACUGAAGCUCCCUUUGGCACUUUGUAUUUCAUGUGAUUUUUUUCUUUUUUUUUUUUUUUCUUUACAUGAGGUCACUGACGGGUUCAAACCUAUACUGGCGAGGUUCUUGCUUGUUGAAGUGAGGAUUCAAGAGAAGGUUUUCUCCCACUUUUUGUACUAUCUUCUGUAUGCUACUAUCACACAAUAGUGUAAAAAAUGUAAAAUGUUUAUUGGAUAAUAGUUUUGGAUUUGUUACUGUUUAUAUUUGCAGGAUGUGGAUGUAUUUUCUUCAUGUAUUUUGUUUGUAAAAAUGGAUUUCUAAUUUACUAGCAUGUUUGCUUUUGCCAAUAAAGAUGGAGGAAUGGGGUGCUUGUAAAAACGAUCAAAAAGAGGAAAAAAAAAAGAAAAGAAAAGAAAAAAAAGGUGUUAUAAAUUGGACAGAGAGAGAGACAAAAAAUGACCUUUUUGAUUUAAAGAAAGAAAAUUGACUAAAAAGAUGUCAGCAUUGGCAAAGGGGAAAAAAUGCAAGCAAAAGCAUUCCAGAAAAUAUUACCUUAUA